AUGGAAAUUGAUCUCGGGAGUGGGGAUUAUGGCGUCGAGCAGCGGAUUGAGUCAUCGAGGAAAGAUGCACCGACAUACGGAAAGGAAGUUAAAACGGAGGGUUCUAGAGGGUAUAGAUCAGAAGCCGGCAAAACAUCGAAGGAGAGGUUUAAUUACGCAUCUUUCGAUUGUGCUGCUACCGUUCUCAAGACGAACGGGGAUGCUAAGGGGUCGUCCGCUAUCCUGGUGGAGAACAAGGAUCGAUACAUGCUCAACAAGUGCUCUGCGGACAAUAAGUUUGUCAUUGUGGAGUUGUGUGAUGACAUCCUCGUCGACACCGUCGUCCUCGCAAACUUCGAGUUCUUUUCGUCCAUGUUCAAAGAUGUCAGGUUUUCUGUCUCCGAUAGAUAUCCAGUCAAGGAAUCCGGAUGGCAUAAACUCGGUGUCUUCGAAGCUGCCAAUUCGCGUAUCGUGCAGGCGUUCCGGAUUGAUAAUCCGCUUAUCUGGGCGAGGUAUUUGAGGAUUGAAUUUUUGUCGCAUUACGGGAGCGAGUAUUAUUGUCCGUUGAGUUUGGUUCGGGUACAUGGCACGACGAUGAUGGAAGAGUAUAAGCAUCAGGAGGAUGAGUUGAGGGAGAAAGACGAGGGUGAGGGCGACGAGGACGAGGCUGUGGAGGAGAGGACGGAAAGCAUCAAGGUAGUGGAAGCUGUUCAGCCCAGGUGCCAGACGGAGACAGCCACGACAACGGUUACGAAGACUAUUGAGACUGAUGCUGCGAUGCCGAAGCCUUUAGAAUCGGUGAAAGGCGAAUCAGGGUUGGAAGAGGCACCACCUCCAGCUGGCCCCACAACUCAAGAAUCCAUUUACAAACAGAUUACAAAACGACUCGCUCUGCUCGAAGCUAAUGCUACACUUUCGCUACAGUACAUCGAAGAGCAGUCUAGAAUGUUGAGGGAUGUUUUCGGGAAGACGGAGAAGAAACAGGCUGCAAGGCUGGCGAAGAUGUUUGAUCAACUCAAUAACACGUUGAGUAUGCAACUGGACGUGCUAAAGCUUCAGUACACACAGCUUGCACAAGCGACGGUUCACGAGCUUGAUUCGCAUCGCUCGUCUACUGAGCAUGAGGUUUCUGAGGUCAACACACGUCUCUCUUUACUGGCUUCAGAGGUCAUUUUUCAGAAGCGGAUGUCCAUUGCGCAGUCGACGCUUCUCUUAGCGACCCUCAUUUUCAUCUUCACUACACGCGGUGCACCAUAUGAGAUC